AUGCACUCUCUGGCCUACCCUGACCUUGGGGUGAAAGAUCGAAAGGCGGUGACAUUCCUGCACUACCCCGCAGCCACCUCAAAUGGAGCCAAAGCCAAUGGGUUUCCCACUAGCCCCUCUAGAUCACCAUCUCCAAUAGGGUCUCCUACUACGAUCCCCGCUACCAAGCCCUCACCCUUCAGUGACCCUGCCCCUCACCGGCUGGCUACCAUGCAGCUGCAGAAGCUAGUCAGUAUCAGGAGCCACAGAGGCAGCCAUGACCCCUCCAGGUCAACCAUGGAAGGCGGGGGCCCAGGCAGGAACGGCAGGUUCAGCCUCUCCUCCUAUGCCCAGAGCUCUGCUAUCAUUGAUUCUGACCCAGUGGAUGGGGAGGUGCUAAUGUCUCUGGUGGUAGAACUGGGGCUAGAAUGA